GUCGCUUCUCUCCUCAGCUUGGAUCCCUGGCCUCUGUUUUAUCUGGACUCUGACCGGCUCCCGAUUCGGGGAAGCCCAGAGGCGAGGGACGUUGCCCGAGUGUGCUGGUCUGCACGAGUGGACAAGGACCUUACCGUCACCGCGCCAGAACCUGGACGAGAGGUGAUCAGGGUCAAUGAGUUUUGCUUGGACUCUUACAAAGUUCUGUAAAACAGAGGAUGCGUCCCGUUGGGCUUCUGUGGAUGUUAACAGCCGCUGUCACAUCGAGGAGGAAAACGCGGACAGAUUGGUUGACGGACAUCUCUGUCAACGUCCUCCGUAUUUUAAUGCCUGCUUAUGAGAUAUUUGUUGAAUUCCUACUGUGUGCCAGGUAGUAGGGAUACAGCAGUGAACAAGAGAAAUGCAGACUUUGACCUGUAGAAUUUAUGGUGAGCCUUGCUGAACCCAACUUGAUUCUAUAGUAUCUUAGAGCAGCAGAACUGAGAGGGGCUUGGAAAAUCAUGGCUUUCUGACAGGAAGAAGAGAGCACUCCAGAAGAAAGAUGUUGAUGUUCGUAGGAGAAUUGAACUUAUUCAGGAUUUUGAAAUGCCUACUGUUUGUACCACUAUUAAGGUGUCAAAAGAUGGACAGUAUAUUUUAGCAACUGGAACAUAUAAACCUCGGGUUCGAUGUUAUGACACUUAUCAAUUAUCCUUGAAGUUUGAAAGGUGUUUAGAUUCAGAAGUUGUCACCUUUGAAAUUUUAUCUGAUGACUAUUCCAAGAUUGUCUUCUUACAUAAUGAUAGAUACAUUGAAUUUCACUCACAACAAGGUUUUUACUACAAAACCAGAAUACCAAAGUUUGGGAGAGAUUUUUCUUACCACUAUCCAUCCUGUGAUUUGUACUUUGUUGGUGCAAGCUCUGAAGUUUAUAGAUUAAAUCUAGAGCAAGGACGGUACCUGAAUCCUCUACAAACGGAUGCUGCGGAGAAUAAUGUUUGUGACAUAAAUUCUGUGCAUGGCUUGUUUGCCACUGGAACAGUGGAGGGUCGAGUGGAGUGCUGGGACCCAAGAACUCGAAAUAGAGUUGGCCUCUUAGAUUGUGCAUUAAGUAGCGUCACAGCGGAUUCAGAGAUAAACAGUUUACCAACAAUCUCAGCUUUGAAAUUCAAUGGCGCCUUGACCAUGGCAGUUGGAACAUCCACAGGGCAGGUUUUAUUAUAUGAUCUUCGAUCUGAUAAGCCAUUGCUAGUUAAGGAUCACCAUUAUGGUCUGCCCAUUAAGUCAGUUCAUUUCCAGGAAUCAUUAGAUUUAAUUUUGUCUGCAGACUCUCGAAUUAUCAAAAUGUGGAAUAAGAACUCCGGAAAAAUAUUUACUUCCUUGGAGCCAGAACAUGACAUUAAUGAUGUCUGCCUGUAUCCCAACUCAGGAAUGCUUUUUACUGCCAAUGAAACCCCCAAGAUGGGCAUUUAUUACCUUCCGGUUUUGGGUCCUGCUCCCAGGUGGUGUUCCUUCUUAGACAACUUGACAGAAGAAUUAGAAGAGAAUCCAGAAAGCACAGUUUAUGAUGAUUAUAAAUUUGUCACCAAAAAAGACCUUGAAAAUUUAGGGCUUACACAUCUCAUUGGAUCACCUUUUCUCCGGGCGUAUAUGCAUGGAUUUUUCAUGGAUAUAAGACUCUAUCACAAGGUGAAACUGAUGGUAAAUCCAUUUGCUUAUGAAGAAUAUAGGAAAGAUAAAAUUCGACAGAAGAUAGAAGAAACACGUGCACAGAGAGUUCAGUUAAAGAAGUUGCCAAAAGUUAACAAAGAGCUGGCACUUAAAUUAAUUGAGGAAGAGGAGGAGAAACAGAAGUCUACAUGGAAAAAGAAGGUUAAGAGCCUUCCUAAUAUUCUCACUGAUGAUCGAUUUAAAGUUAUGUUUGAGAACCCUGAUUUCCAAGUAGAUGAAGAGAGUGAAGAAUUUAGGCUUUUGAAUCCACUUGUUUCAAAAAUGAGUGAAAAAAGGAAGAAGAAACUAAGACUUUUAAAUCAACCAGAACUUCAUGAACAAGAAGAGGAAGAGCCGGAAGGAAAACCAAGUGAUGCAGAAAGUUCUGAGAGUUCAGAUGAUGAAAAGGACUGGGUUGAAGAGGUCAGGAAACAGCGCAGACUUCUCCAUCAAGAGGAAAGAAUGAAGCGGCAGGAACGCAUCAAGGAGGACCAGCAGACAGUACUAAAGCCCCAGUUUUAUGAGAUCAAAGCGGGAGAAGAAUUCAGAAGCUUCAAAGAUUCUACAACAAAACAGAAGCUGAUGAACAAAACCCUUGAAGAUCGUUUGAAACUUGAAGCAAAAAAUGGCACGUUGAAUGUAUCAGACACCGCUGUUGGCAGCAAACAGUUGACAUUUACGUUAAAGAGGUCUGAACAGCAGAGGAAGCAACAGGAAGCUGAGAAAUUGCAUCGACAAGAGAGGAAAAAGCUUCGCCGUUCUGCCAGUCAUCUGAAGUCAAGACACAAACGAGGAUGGCCAUUUCAUUGAAUUUGGAAAUGUCUCCACAGAAUGCCUGUGCUUACACCUCUCCCAUCCAAGUGUGAUUUGGAAGGAGUGCAUCAUUGCCAAAUUGAUUAUCACUAGGGUAUAUUAAACACAAAGGGCCAUACCUUUUUUAAGUUCCAUGUAUAUUCUUGAUACGUUCACAGAGGUAAAGACUUUAUAACUUGUUUCUAUGCCGUGUGGAUUGAUCUUUGAAGACUGGGCUCACACCACGUGGUUAUUGCAUAGUUGUUGCUCCCUCGUAAACAUUCUCUCUUUUCUCCUGAUUUUAAUCAAGUAAACCAGGUUGUUAACUGUUUUUUAAUAUUGUGAAAUGUGUACAAUGAAAUGAAAGGUUUAUCCUGUACUAAAAAUUAAGAUUUAUCAUGUGCUAAGAACUUUUUUUGUUGCAAUGCCUGCUGCCAGUCAUGAUUAAACCACACAGAAAUGUCGUGCCUGUUUUACUUGACUAUAUAUAUUGGCCACAUUUGUGUUUGUGCUUUUAAGAAUAUGGUGAUCGUUUGUUUGUGUUAGUUUUAGAUUUUUUUUUAAAAAAUAUUUUUAUACGAAGAAUAUCAUUUAAUGG